AUUGUCACAUCAGUGUGACAAUCUCACAAUCUCUGAGAGCUUUUCUUUACAAGUGAAUGUUAUGUCCAGUGGAUUAGCUGACCAGUAACAACCUACAAGAUGACCAAUGGUCAGAGUGAAAAGAAAACAAGAAAAACAAACUGUCCGAAGCAUAAGAAUUAAGAAACUGGACCGUAAAGGUUGACAUUGUUUUUGUUUUCUUCUUAUUCCUGGCUUGUAAUCAUCAAAUUUUCUAAAGAUCAAAAUUGAUUUGAUUAGUUAAUUAAAGUUCUAACCUAAAGUUAAAUCAGUUGGAAACACAAUUAAACCAAAAAGAUGAAACCGUUGAUCACCUUCAAUUGGAUUAAAAUAAUGAUUCCAACAAUUCAGAUUAUUUCAUGUUUACUCUUAUUAGUUUCAUCAACUAACGGAGAUCAACCUGACCCCUCAUGUCUUCAGUGUAUUUGUCAGGCUUCAUCUAAUUGUGAUACGAAUAAUUUAAGGUGUCCAAUUGGAUCAGGAUUGAAUUCUUAUUGUGGACCUUAUCAGAUCUCUCGUUACUAUUGGGAAGAUGGUAACGGUAUCGGUUACGAUUUCGAGACUUGUACCAAUCUCAAGGCUUGUGCAGAACGAGUUAUAAUUAACUAUAUGAAAAAAUAUUCACGAGAUUGUAAUGGCGAUGGUUUCAUUGAUUGUCUCGAUUAUGCUGCUAUUCAUCGUAUGGGUGUUGAUAGUUGUUCAGAUCAAUCGCUUUAUUCAUCAGAGUAUUGGCAAGCAUUCAGUCAAACUCAGUGUGUCCUUAACCCACCGCUCGAAUCGCCAUCGAUUUAUACUUACCAACAACACGAUCAACAACAAUCCACGAAUCUCUAUGUGCCAAAAUCUUAUCCAGGUAAAAAUUACGCCACAUACAAUCCAGGUAAUUCUGUCCAUGUCAAUGGUCCAACAAUUUCGUCAUCUUCAUCACCAGUAUCAUCAUCAACUCAUCGAUUGAAGAAGAAGAAGAAGAAAAAGAAUCAAAAUCGAGGGUCAAGUUCAUCUCGAAGACGAACUGGUCAAAAUGAAGGUUCAGUCUCUCCAGUUCCAAAUCAUUCCGUAAGUCGAUCUGAUCCUCCAUCGAUUCGUUCAGGGGAAAACAUUCCGAAUAUCAAUAGACGUGUUGAUUUUGACGAUAUUCCUGGAGCUGAAUCUGGUUUCGGAAUCUCUCGAGCUCCAUAUGUGCCUUCGUAUUAUGUACCAUCGACUAAUGGUCCAACAUUAGUUUCGAUUCCUACCAGAGGUUCAACCACUAAUGAAGAUGGUUACGUUAAUGAUGGUGUAGUGAAUUCAGUUCCAAAACCACCUCGUCAACCUUUAACCCCAAGAGCGAUUCCAUCAUCAACCAGUCCUUCUCAUGUAAAUUCUUCUCCACCCUCAGUCUCUCCAUCUCGUCCUUCUAAUCGUCCAAGUUCCCGACCUUCAUCUCGUUCUGCUCCUCGUUCAUCUUCACGACCUUCUAUUCGCACACCUUCAGUUCCUCAGCCACCGAGUUCAAGUUCACCUUCUAGUUCCUUACCAGUGGAUUUUCCAUCAUAUUCGCCAUCUUAUAUUCCCUCAUAUCAGCCAUCAGUUUCUCCCUCAAUUCCAUCCUCUCCAUUGACUCCUGAUUCUUCAUCUAUUUUACCUCCAGUUUCUCCUUCAUCACAACCUCCGAUUUCAUCUUUAACCCCUUCUUCUUCUCGCCCUUCAUCCCGUCCACCUUCACGAUCCUCAUCUCGCCCAACAUCUUCCCGUCCUUCUUCAGUCUCCCCUCCUUCCACUUCAGCAAACCCACCUUCUAUCUCUCCAUCAGCCAAUUCAUCACCUUUAGAGCCUCCACCAUAUCCACCAUCUUACCCGCCAUCAUACUCACCCGCUUUUGAGCCCUCUUAUCAACCUUCAUUCGAACCUUCAUACCCACCAUCAUAUCCCUCACCUUAUGAACCAUCAGUGAAUCCUUCGUAUCCAUCAAACGAACCUCUACCACCGACUGUCCCUUCACCUCCAUUCUCAUCUUCAUCAUCACCUUCAAAUAUUCCAACAUCAAGAUCUCAUUCAACUCCUGAUUCAAAUAGACGAAAACCACCAAACACAAGACGAACAACAAGUUCGAGGAGUCGACCAUCAGCCCCAACAUCACCUAAACCAUUUAUUCCAACACAACCACCAACAAUUAAAGCCAGUUAUCAUAUACGAAACUCAGCCAACAUCAUCUCCACCAACAUCACCAGCACCGUUCAACCCACAAGUCCAACUGUCUCUUAUUAUCAACCAGAAACCGUUAGACCAUCAACACCUCGCUCUUCAUCCCAACCUGGACGAGGAGUUAGAAAUGGACGUCGUCGACCAACAGACGGGCCAACAACAGUAAUUAGCACUAAUCCUCCUCGAACUUAUACUCAAACCCAACCAACAACCCCGACAUUGACCUCAACCGAAACCCCGGUCAACAAUUAUCCAAGAGUUCCAACAACUCGCGACAACGAACCAACAGAAAACGCUAAUCCAUCAACUCCUUCAACGCCUCGAAUAAUAACCGAUAGAGAUAAUCCAGAUAGUGGAUUAACCGAAAGAUCAACACCAUCAUCAUCUUCAUCAGUACCAACAUUAGAAUUUAGAAAUUCAAACAAUGAAGAUUCAAUUCUUCCUUCGAAUCCUCGACCCCCGCACUUAACCAAUAUAACGAUAACAAUUAGCGAUCAGUGUUUGUCAUGUUUAUGCGAGUCAACAGAAUCAUGUUCAAAUAAAGGAACUUGCUCCAAUCCCGAAGGACCUUGUGGACCAUUACAAGUGACCUACGGUCAAUGGGUUAUCGCUGGUCAACCGAAAUCUAAUUUCCAAAAGUGUGCAUCGAGUCUAGAUUGUUCCAGAGGCAUAUUGCGACGAUAUUAUGCCAAACAUGGCGUCGAUUGUAAUCUCGAUUCCGAUGUUAAUUGUGUAGAUUUUGCCUUAAUCCAUAAGUAUGGUUUAGAUAAUUGUAAAGUGAUUCCUGAAGAUCUAUUUAAAUCAGGGUAUUGGCUCAAUUUUGAAAAUUGUUAUGGUUUUGAUAGGAAAUAAUCAUUUUUACUUUGUAAUUAACUUAUUUUAUCAUUUUUUUGUCAAUUCUAAAAUAAUUCUGAUAUCGUUGAAACGAUAUCGAGAAAUUUGUAAAAUUUUCAUUUCCUCAUCACAAGAAGUGAAUUAAAGUGAUCGAGUUUUUUUUGUCUCUUUA